UCGGUGAGGCUGCCGGGACAGGCAGCGACGCACCCAGCGCCGCGGCUGCUGGAAAAUCGCCAAGUGGCGUUAAGGUGACGGGAGCGGGGGAAAUGGGGAGAUGCGCUGUAAUUUCCGCGCUGCUGCUGCUGCUGCUGUACUGUUGGGCCGGGCGGGCGCAGUAUGAGAGGUACAGUUUCCGCAGUUUCCCCCGGGAUGAGCUGAUGCCGCUGGAGUCGGCGUACCGGCAUGCGCUGGACCAGUACACGGCGGAGAACUGGCGGGAGAGUGUGGACUACCUGGAGAUGAGCCUCCGCCUGCACCGCCUGCUCCGGGACAGUGAAGCUUUCUGUAACCUCAACUGCAGCUCGGUGCCGCCCGCCCAGGCGGCGCGUUUCAGCGGCUUCCCCGAGCUGCAGCUCUUCGGCGGCGUCAUGAAGAGAGCCCAGUGUCUCCGCCGCUGCAAACAGGGCUUGCCCGCUUUCCGCCAGUCCCAGGCCAGCAGGGAAACUCUGGAGGACUUCGAGAAGCGGGAGGUCUACCGCUACCUGCAGUUUGCUUACUUUAAGGUCCAGAACAUUCCGAAAGCUAUAUCAGCAGCUCAUACCUUCCUUCAGAAACACCCUGACGAUGCGAUGAUGCAGCAGAACAUGGCUUACUAUAAGAGCUUGCCGGAUUCCGAUGAGUUCAUGAAUGACCUGGAGAUUAAACAUUACGAGAAUUUAUUUAUCCGAGCUGUGAAAGCUUACAAUGCUGAGAACUACCCGACAUCUAUCGCAGACAUGGAGCUGGCCAUCCCUGAAUACCUCAAGGCCUAUGAUGAGUGCAUUGCUGCCUGUGAGGGUUCACGAGAGGUGAAAGAGUUUAAAGAUUUCUACCCUUCAAUAGCAGAACAUUACGCUGAGGUUCUGCAGUGCAAAGUGAAGUGUGAGCCUGAUUUAACUCCAGUCAUUGGAGGCUUUCUGGUGGAGAAGUUUGUAGCUACAAUGUACCACUAUUUGCAGUUCGCUUAUUAUAAACUCAACAAUAUGAAGAAUGCAGCUCCAUGUGUAGCAACCUACUUGCUGUUUGACCCUGAAGAUUCAGUGAUGAAGCAGAAUUUGGUGUAUUACCAGUAUCAUAAGGAGAAAUGGGGUUUGACAGAGGAAGAUUUCCAGCCCAGACCAGAGGCUUUCCGAUAUUACAAUCAGACUGAAUUUCAGUUGCAGAUGUACGAAUUUGCCAAACAGCAUCUACAAGCUGAUGAUGAAGAUGAAGUACUGGAAUAUAUUGACGAUCUCCUGGAAAAAGCAGACAGUUAAUCUCAGCAAUAGAACAAAAUCUGUACAAGAGAAACAUUGAUCAAAAAUGUUGAAAACCAAAAUGAAUCUGUUUCUCCAGCUGCCUCAACUCAGGACAAUUUCCCCAAACCCUGACCUCUUCUCAUAGGUGCUUGAAGUCUUGGAUUUUUCUAAAAUUGACCCUUGUUAGUUCUUCGGUGUUUCUGAGCGGCAGCCCCUGUAACAUUCUAUCUGAGAUGUGCCUUUUAUUAUUUAAUAGGAAUCUUCUAGCUUUUGCCCAAUUUUACAUUUGGAUUCCACCGUACUAUUCUCAUUUUUCUCCAAACUGGAUCAGAAAUAGUUCCCCUGGCUGAAAACCAUUACUUCAUAACUAGUUCUGUCUCCUUCACAGGUCUUCUAGGCUGCUAUCCUGACACGAUUGGACUAUUGUGUCUGUGUUUGUACUGGUAGAAUGUCGAGUCUUUCCUUAAAAGGAUGUUUAUUCUCUUUCCUACAAAACCUGAAAUGGCAUUUAAAGAUGCUUGGCACACAGACUGUAUGUAGCUGUUUCAAAUAACACACUCUGUUUCUGUACAAACUUGCUUUGGUUUGAAUGUCGAAUGUCAGCCUGAAUCGGCCCCAAGAUCACUUUGUGCCUGCCAGUAAAAGGGAACUGGGUUUUUUUGGGGUACAGUAUCCAUCAGGAAAACCUGCUUCCUGUGUUCACACUGAACACAGGCAUCAGUCAGUGAUUGCUGUUCAUACUUAAUUAUCUUUCACGUCUCUCUGGGUUCAAUUUAGAAUUUCCAGUGGGCAAUGUUGAGGCGGUGGAAACCAUGGAGACGCUAUUUAUGCUGAUUUGCAGCAGCCUCGCAAUAAUAUUGGUAAAAUACCCAUAUUUAAACAUCAAUAGGGAGAAUAUUUUUUAAGGUGUUGAGCAAAUUUUGGGUAUAAUUUUUACUUAAAUAUGUCUGAGAAUUAUAUCAAUGGGAAAUUCAGAAGUGUGUACUAAUUAUAAUUCUAUUGCAAAAACUUCAACCAAAUUUGUUUCGUACUUUGCAUUGGGCUUCCUCUGGCUGUACUGUCUGAAUGCCAGAGAAAACAUUGACUCAUUUAUUACUGUUUGAACAUGGACCCUUGAUGCUGUUUGUAGCGAGUCAGUGUGAAAAACCCACAACUAAUCCUUCAGUGCAGCUGCCCUGUGCCUGGACACUUGGUUGUGAGCCACACUUUAAACAGCAACCCCUUUUACGCAGUCACCGCUGCAUUGAAUAACAGUGUAAACUCACCGCGCGAUUAGAGAUUCUCACUAAACAACUGCUGCUUUGAUAACCUGAAUAAUCUGCAAUCUUCAUGGGGCUCAAAAAUGGGUUAAGAAGAAUGUAAAUCAGACGCCAUUUUAAAUUGCCAGAGGGUGUGCGUUACUGAGAAUCACAUAAUGCAAACCUUUGUUGGUCACCUCCAGCCACCUCAACCCAGAAAAACCCUCAAAGCUUGCCCUUAAAUUCUUUCCAUGUUUACCUGGGUCCCAAACUAUCUUUUUAAAUAUAAUCCAAAUUGCUUGAACAAACAGAAAAUAAAUAACACCAAAUAUAUUUAACUUUUAAGAUUUAUUUUCGAUAAUUUAAAGCAAAUUGUCAGACAGUAUGAAGUGGACAGUCAAUCACUCACUGUUACCUCCCUGCCCCCCACCCUCCAAUUGGAUACCCCUACCUCCUUCCCUGCCCCCAUGAUACAAUCCUGAGUCUCUAUGCUUCUGCUCACCCUCUCUGGUCUGAACUGCAAAGUUCUUGCGGUAAAAUCCUGUGUUUUUUCUUCAUGAAUCAUAUUAAUGUAACAGUAUUAAUCUUUCUUCAUACACUACAGCCAUUGUGUUCAAAUGUUUGUUUUUUUUAAAGGAUAAGAAUCUGUACAACUGACUGGGUGCCUUAAACUAAUAAAAAUGUUUUUAACCUUU